GGACCAUCUCGACAUUUGGAGAAGCUAGUUUUGUUUACCUGAGACAGCUGUGAAAGAAAGGGAGAGCAGAUUUCCUCUCUCUCCUCUCCCUCUCUCCCUCCAUGUCCAGGUACCGGAUCUUCUCCCCGAGCAGGGCCACAGGGUUUCUAUGAAUGUCGCAAGGGCUGGGGAGCUGCCGGCUGCCCUUCUCCAGCUGUCUGGGCCCUGCCGCGGCUGACGACGGGGAGGACAUCGCAGCCUACGUCAAUAUGGCCCGCCAACCUGUCAUCGUCAAUGUAUACGAUAUGUACUGGAUUAAUGAAUAUACAUCUUCCAUUGGUCUAGGCGUGUUUCACUCAGGUGUGGAGAUAUAUGGCACAGAAUUUGCAUAUGGCGGCCAUCCGUUCCCUUUCUCUGGAGUGUUUGAGAUAACCCCAAGAGAUGCAGAAGACCUCGGGGAGCAGUUUAAAUUUAAGCAGAGCAUUCAUCUAGGCUACACGGACUUCACGGAGGACGAUGCAAAGAGGAUAGUGGCAGAGUUGGGCAAGGAGUUCCGAGGUGAUAGGUACCACCUCAUGACUAAAAACUGCAACCAUUUCUCCUCAGCGCUGACCCAGAUCCUGGUGGGAAAGGAGAUACCAACUUGGGUUAACAGGUUAGCAUACGUCUCCUCUUGCGUGCCCUUCCUACAAAGAUGCCUUCCUCGAGAGUGGCUGACACCUGUAGCGCUGCAGCAAAGCAUAGACCACGGCUCCCCUGCCAAUGACACCCCUACAGACACCCCCAUAGACUCCUCCCCCGUCUCCUCCCCCGACAGUGCAAACGGGGGCAAGAUUAGCUACCAUCGACACACCCAUAGACAUAGAAAAGGAAGCCCGCAAAGAUUGGUGAGGGGCGGGGCGGGGCAGUCGAAUUCCGGGGGUGCUGGAGGUGCUGCGGUGAGGAAAGGAGGUGGGGGCGCCAGUUCGUCACCCCACAUGUCUCAUUCUAGAAAUUCGCUUUAGUUAUGUGUGUUUUUUUGGGUGUUUUUUGGGUGUUUUUGGUGUGUUUGUUUGUGUGUGUGUGUGUGUGUGUUCGUUUCUCAAUUUUUUCAUUUAAUUCUGUUUUUUUCUUUCUCUUUUUCUUUCAGUUUUUGAGUGAGUGCGUUUGUGAGAAAGUGUGUUUUGUUGCUUUUGUUGUGUUUUGAGUGUUUUUUUUUUUUUAGUGCGUGUUGGUAUUAUUAUUAUUAUUAUUUUUUUUUUUUUUUUUUUUGAGUGUGUGGGAAAAUUGAGUGUGUUUUGCUAUUAUAUCCAGUUAUUUUCAUUUUUGAGUGCGUUUUUUGCGUUUUUUUUUUCUUUGAGUGCGUUCUUCAAUCGAGUCGAGUGUGUGUGUGUGUUUGGAAGUUAAAAUUUUGAGUGCGUUCCCAAGUCGUGUUUAUUUGAGUGCGUUUGUUCAAUUGUGUGUAUGUGUAUGUGUGUGUGUCUAAAAUUUUUUGAGUGCGUUUUCCCACAAAUUCCUUUACUCGAGUGAAUGUUUGAGUGUGUUUGAGUGCGUUCCUUGUUUUUUGAGUGCGGAAGUUGCUAAGCUUAAUUUUUGAGUGCGUUCGAGAAAAAAUGCUUGCGAAUUAGUGAAAGUUUGUUGUUGUUUUUUUAUUUUUUUAUUUUUUUUUUUGCGUGCGUGUGCGUGCGUGCGUGCGAAUAACACAGUGCCAUAAACGCAGUGCUAUAAAUAUGAAACAAAAACUUAACAAAAAAAAAUAAUAAAAACAGUAGUAGUUAUAUAAAUAGUACAAAUACUACUACUACUACUACUACUACUACUACUACUACUACUGUUGCUGCUGCUGCUACUAACUACAAGAGAGAGUGAGUGAGGUAGUCUUCCUUUUCACAAAUUAAGUUCAUGAGCGAAAGUUUUUUUGGGGAAAUUUUUGAUAAAGUGGCGAGCGAUGCUAAAAAUAAAAAAGUUUAAAUAGUGAAUGAAUUAAUGUGAAAAAUGUGACGAAUUGGAGAAAAAAUGUGUUUGAAAUUAAUUAAGAAAUAUGAGGAAGAUGAAUUGGAUUUGUAGACAUAGAGAAAUAUGAACGAAUGAUUUGGAAAGAAAUAUGUUUGAAAUUAAUUAAGAAGUGGAAAUUGAGAAAUAUAGAGAAAUAUGAACAAUUAAGUUGAAAUUAAUAGAAAAUGGAAAUUGGAAAAUGAAAAAAAAGGUGAAUAUGAAGAAAUAGAUGAAAAAAAAAAAUUAAGACUUAUUAGAAAAAUGUUGAUUAUAGGUUUUGAAAAUUAAUGAAACUAGAAAUUAAAAAAACUCACUAUUUGAACAGAAAACGAGAAAAAAGGUAAAUAAAUGAAGGUAAACUUGAAAAACGGAAGAAAAUUCAAUAAACUUAAAUAUGAAUAGAAAAUAAAUGUUUUGAUAAUUGUGGAAGAAGAAAAAAUGACCCUUAUUUGAAAUUGAACCAAAAUAAAGUUAUAAAUAGAUUAAAAAAUAUAUUAAGACUUAUUAAAAAAAAAAAAAGGUCAAUUAUAUGUUUUGAAAAUGAUUGAAAUAAAAAAAAAAAAAACUGAGAAUUUGAACAGAAAACGGGAAAAGGUAAAUAACUAUUGAGAAAAAUGCAAGAAAUUUUUGAAUAAACUGAAAUGUAGAGAGAAAAAUGAGGUUAAUAAUUCUGAUUGACGUAAUUUAGAAGGAAAAUUUUCGCUCAAACAUUUAAAGCAAAAUAAAAGAAAAAAUUGAAACUGAAAAGGAAAAAAAAAAAAUGUUGAAAAUAAGAAUGAAAGGACAACA